AUGUCAGCAUCAACAAUAUCGACAAAUAAUACCAGUAUAUGGCUGAAUUACAUCGUUUCCAACACUUUGCUAGGCCAACGUAUGUUAUAUCGUCUUAACUUGAACAAUCUACGACAUAUAUAUUAUUUGAUUACACCAAAUGAAACGAUGUUCGAGACUGUGGAUCAAGUACCUAACUAUACUGCCCAGGUCAGUCUUUGGUGGUUACUAUUUAUCGCACUUGAAUUUUGCUUGUUGUUGCUGCGCGGACAUGGAGAUCGAUUUGCUCUCAAUGAUUCUAUUACAUCAAUUUCUGCCGGUAUUCUCUCACAAUGUUUCAAGUUUGGCGGCAGGACGAUUACAAUAUUUGUUUAUGAUUACAUUUGGAAUAAUUUUCGACUAAUCGAAAACUCGUGGGAUUCAACAUUAACUUGGAUUUCUUGCCUGUUUUUCCAAGAUUUCAUGUAUUAUCUUGGACACCGUGCUGUUCAUGAUACGUCUCUUUCAAUUCAUUCACUCCAAAUUGGUUUUUUUUGGGGACUUCAUACGAUACAUCACAGCUCCGAAUAUUUUAACUAUACAACAGCUUUGCGACAAGCUGCUAUUCAAGAUGUUGGACUUGCCAUCUACGAUGUUUUACAGGCAUUUUUCAUACCGCCAUCGAUAUUUCUGGUUCACCGAUACUUUAGCGAGAUUUAUCAAUUUACAUUGCAUACCACUUUAUUUGAUAAUUACGGCAGGCUGGGAAUUAUCCUUAAUACGCCAUCUCAUCACCGUGUUCACCAUGGUCGUAAUCCAUAUUGCAUUGAUCGUAAUUAUGCAGCCGUGUUUAUCAUAUGGGACAAAAUGUUCGGUACUUUCGAGCCGGAACAUCAAUCUGAAAAACCGGUUUAUGGCACCAUUAACCGGGAAAAAACUUUCAAUCAGAUUUAUCUCCAGUUUCACACCUUGUAUGAGCUGUUAUUUAUCAAGUGGAGAAUGAAGACAGAAGAAGGCGAAUGGAUUUUUCAAGGAAUUGAAAAGUUGAAGGCCAUUUACUAUCCACCAAUAUAUACGCCUGGCAUGAAAGUGCGGCGGUACUUCCAUUGGUUUUCAAUGGUUGACCACAAAGAAGGCAUCCCAAUGGUUGAAAAUGAGGUAAUCCACUACAAUCCAGAAAUUCCUACAUGGAAAAAGAUAUACUGCUUUGGACAUUUUCUACUCCUGUUAGCCGCAUUUUUCCAUUUCGAAUUCGAUCGCAGCCAACUGUCCUAUCUCGUUUUCACUCUCAAAUUAGCAUUCUUCAUCACAACGAUCCAAUGCCUGGGAGCUUUUUUCGACCGCAAGAUUUAUGCAUCAUACCAGGAAGUAUUGCGAUGUAUGACUGUAACGGCAUACUACUUCUACAGCGAACCAAAUAGGCUAUUCAUGAUCGCAAUUUAUAUUUCAAGCGCAGCAUUGUGGGGCGUCUACACCGUAUCGCAUGUAAGUGCAAAGUAG